GCUGACUGGCAUUUUGCACUAGUCAGUGGUAUGCUGAACAGUGCAACACUUGGCUCAUUUUGAUACCUUAAGCUUCACUGUAGUGAUGGUUAGCUUUGAUGACAUUCUGGAGGAGGUCGGGACUUUUGGCCGCUGCCAGAAGCGUAUCUUCGCUCUGCUCUGCCUCUUGUCAUUGCCUUUUGCAGGGGUAUAUGUUGGCAUCGUGUUCCAGGGUUUCACCCCCGAUCACUGGUGUCGGGACUCUGCGGUGGUGGAGAGGAGGCAGGCAUGUGGAUGGAGUCUGGCAGAGAGUCGCAGGCUGACGGUGCCUCUGGUCAACAGCUCUGGAGUCCUGCAGCCGAGCACCUGUGAGCAGUUCCAGGUGGACUGGAACACCACAGAUCUCACCUGUGACUCCAAGGAGCUGAACCUGAGUGGAGUUCCACUUACAACAUGCAAGGACGGUUGGGAGUAUGACUAUGAAGGCAGGAAAUCCUUUGUUACAGAGUUCGACCUGGUGUGUUCAGAUGGAUGGUUUGUGGACAUGUAUCAGUCCACACUCAAUUUGGGCUUCCUGGUUGGCAGCUUUGCUUUUGGCUACUUCGCUGACAGGUUUGGCAGGAAGAUCAGUUUCCUCGUGUCCAACAUCUUGAAUGCUGUAGCGGGGAUCAUAUUGGCUGUAGCUCCUAACUACAUCUCUGUCCUGGUGAUGAGGACCAUCUUGGGCUUGGGAGUCAAAGGAAACUGGAUGACUGCAUAUGUGCUGCUGACAGAGAUUGUCGGAGUGGAGUACAGACGGACGGUGGGCAUCUUGUUCCAGAUGUUCUUCAGUGUUGGCGUCCUCAUCCUCCCUCUGCUCGCCUACUUCAUCACUGACUGGCGCUGGCUGCAAGUCGUCAUCACUGCACCCUACAUCUUCUUCCUGGUCUACUACUGGUUCGUCCCAGAGUCUCCAAGGUGGCUCCUCUCACAGAACAGGUCAGCCCAGGCUCAAGAGAUCACUGAAGCUAUGGCCAAGGAGAACAAGAAGAAACUCUCCAGUGACUUUGAGACACUGAUUAGUGAUGAAGGUGAUUCCACCUCUGCCUCUUUGCUGGACCUGAUCAGAACCCCAAAUAUGAGAAAACACACUCUUAUCCUCAUGUUUAAUUGGUUCACCAGCGCUGUGGUUUAUCAGGGCCUCAUCAUGCAGGUGGGGAUAGCAGGAGGAAAUGUCUACAUCGACUUCUUCAUCUCUGGCCUGGUGGAGUUCCCUGCUGCCUUCCUCAUCCUCUUCACCAUUGAACGCGUCGGUCGACGCCUCCCUUUUGCCAUUUCUAACAUUGUAGCCGGAGCUUCCUGCAUCAUUGCUGCUUUCAUCCCUGAAAACAUUCACUGGUUAAAAAUGGUGGUGGCUUGCAUCGGUCGGCUGGGGAUCACCAUGGCCUUUGAGCUCUUGGUGUUUGUUAACACUGAGCUCUACCCAACGUUUGUCAGGAACCUUGGAGUGUCGGUGUGUUCCAGUCUGUGUGAUGUUGGAGGCAUCAUAUCUCCCUUCAUGCUCUACAGACUGGCUGCCAUCUGGCUGGAGCUGCCACUCAUCAUCUUCGGAGCUGUGGCGCUCAUAGCUGGAGGUUUGGUGUUGCUGCUGCCUGAAACCAGAGGAGUUCCUCUCCCUGAGACCAUUGAUGAUAUCGAGUUCCCUAAUCAGUGUUCAGCUGGACCCCCCGGACCCUGACAGACAGGGGGACCCCCACACCAAGGUGGGGAGCCCCCCAACCAGCCGGGCCAAAGGGACCCGCGGACAGCACCCCCAGCAGCAGACCGGAUACAGCCCCCAGUGUGGAGGAACCCCCCCUGAGGAAACUUAGGUAUGGGAUCAUCUGCUGGUUUGAGGCCCUUACAGCCAAACCCAAAAGUCAGAUUGAUAACCUGGUGAAGAUGGCAAGUAAGAUCAUGGGUACCACUACUCCAUUCAUGCCACAAGACUUGCUUAUAAAGGCCACCAUCAGGCAGGCAAACAAUAUUCUUUCUGAUCCAUUGCAUGCCCUUUUCACAGAGUAUGAACUGUUGAAUUCAGGCAGGAGGUACAGAGUCCCGCUGUGCAGGCUCAGCCAUUUUAAACACUCUUUUAUCCCUCACUCAAUCAAGCACAUUAAUGAUUAGUUAGGUGUAACUACCAAAGGGAGGUAUUUAAAUGUUGUGUAUGUAGAGAUGCAUGUAUGUAUGUAUGCAGGUGUGUAUUUUAGGUUUUUAUAUUACUGUAACUUAUAUACACUACCAUUCAAAAGUUUGGGGUCACUUAGCAAUGUCAUUAUUUUUGUAAGAAAAACUGUUUUUUCAAUGAAGACAGCAUUAAAUUAAUCAGAAAUACAGUCUAGACAUUGUUAUUGUGGUAAAUGACUAUUCUAGCUGGAAUCGGUUGAUUUUUAAUGGAAUAUCUCCAUAGAGGUACAGAGGAACAUUUCCAGCAACCAUCACUCCUGUGUUCUAAUGCUACAUUGUGUUAGCUAAUGGUGUUGAAAGGCUAAUUGAUGAUUAGAAAACCCUUGUGCAAUUAUCUAAGCACAUGAAUGAAAGUGUGAGUUUUCAUGGAAAACAUGAAAUUGUCUGGGUGACCCCAAACUUUUCAACAGUAGUGUGUAUGUCUAAGAUUAUAUGUUACUUAUUUUAUGUGAUUUUAGUAGCAUGUGUCCUGUUUUAUGUGUUGCAGUGCAGCUUGCUUUUUGCCUUUGGUCCAAGACAAAUUUCUCCCACGGGAGAAAAUAAAGUGAACCUUGAACUUCAUCUGUGUAAAUAAAAUCAGAAACUAAAGAUUCAGAUUAAAAUAUUUUGAUUCUGUAGGAGCAGGACUGGAUUAUUUUUUCACUGAGGAUGUUUCUGUAGAGCCUCAUAAAAAUACGAACCUUAUCUAAUAACACCAUCAUCAUAGAAUCAGCAGAUAAGGUUGGAGAUGAGGAGAUUUAGUAUGACUCAUGUUCUUAAGAUCCUAUAUCUGCACACAAAAUUACAUCAAAAGAGCUUUAUUUAUAAAUCAUGAGUACGUUAAAACUGUAGAUUGUGCUUCUAAAGCAAGUUUUUUGAUUUUUUAACUGGUGAGCAUCGCUGCGUUCCUAUGACUGCCAAAAAUACACAAGCCCUUGGUAAAUCUAUCUCAUGGGAUAAUGCCAGUACUAAAACCAGGUUGCUUCUCUCCUGCGCUCUGUGCUCACAUCUUUGGUGUUGUAAUAUAGUCAAAUUCCCAAUAAAGCUGUUUUUAUUUACUUGUUUUUCUUGUUUUUU